GUGAGGAUGGGCGGGCAUGUUUCUGACACAGACUGUGGCUUCAUCUGUCAGAGAACAUACAUCAGACUGCAGCAGGCAGCAGCGCAAUGGAGCCGCAACAGAUCAGAGAGGGCUACUUGGUGAAAAAGGGUACAGUGCUUAACUCCUGGAAGGCAGUGUGGGUGGUGCUGUCAGAGGAUGGGAUAGACUACUAUAAAAAGAAAACAGACCGCUCUCCGAAGGGAAUGAUCCCGCUAAAGGGAGCAACACUCACCAGUCCUUGCCAAGAUUUUGGCAAGAGGACGCUGGUUUUCAAGGUCAGCACAGACAAGAAGCAGGAUCACUUCUUCCAAGCCACACAUGUGGAGGAGAGAGAGGUGUGGGUCAAGGACAUCAAGCGGGCCAUUGCCUGCCUGCAAGGGAGCAGGAGGUUCGCCAGGAAGUCCACCAGGAAGUCCAUUCGCCUGCCUGACACCGUGAACCUGAAUGAGCUGUACAUGCUGAUGAAAGACCCAGAUGAUGGAGUGAAAGAGUUAAAGCUGGAAAAGGAAAAAAGAAUCUACAACCACUGUUUCACCGGUGCAACAGUGGUAGAUUGGCUGAUUUCAAAAGAGAGGGCGAGAAAUAGGCCAGAGGCCCUCAUGUUGGCGACAGGACUGCUGAAUGAAGGUUUUCUGCAGCCGGCGGGCGACCUGUCGAAAGAGGGAGCCGAGAGCGGGGCACAGUCGGUCCUCUUGGAUGAGCCAGAUGCUUUUUACUUCUUUGCAGACAGUGGGUUCUUCUGCGAGGGCUACUCCAGUGAUGAAGAUGUGAUCGUGAAGGAAGAGUUCAGAGGAAACAUCGUAAAACAGGGCUGCUUACUUAAACAGGGACAUAGAAGGAAAAACUGGAAGGUGCGAAAGUUUAUUCUGAGAGACGACCCUGCGUAUAUUCACUAUUAUGACCCUACAAAGGGCGACGACCCUCUGGGUUCGAUCCAUCUCCGUGGCUCUGUGGUAACGGCGGUGGAGUACGUGCCUGAUGCCAAGAAGUAUGAUGUUGAUGGCAACCUCUUUGAAAUCAUCACCUCAGAUGAGACCCACUACUUCCUCCAAGCUGCUACAGCCGAGGAAAGAAAGGAGUGGAUCAAAGCAAUACAGGCAGUAUCAAAAAGUGGAAAAUAACACCUGCAGUAGAGUGGCACUGACAUUUCUUGCACAGAGUAGACGGACAAAGAUUGUUGAUGGUACAUUGUUGUUUAUAGAUUUAUAAUUUAAUUAACCAGUGGGUGAGACGUUGAGACUAACUCUUUUUUUUUUUUUAAACCACAGUGCUGUGGCCUUUUGAAGCCAAAUUCAGGCCACUUGAUGUGAAAUGUCACUUCCUCAAACUACACACUAUGUUUAUGUUUAUGUUUAUUCAACAGUUUGUAAUUAUAGGGUGU